UUGCUGUGGGAUUUUCCAAAGAAGAUGCAGAUUUCAUUGUUCAUCAUAACUUUUCUUUUCAUUGGAUGCACAAGUUCGAACAAUAAUCCUCCUUGGUAUCUGCCAAUCAUUGAAUACUUCGAACCACUUUUAGCAAAAGAAAUUGUUGCCCAAGCCACGUCAGAAAAUUGUCGACAAGAAUGCACAACUACCAUGGAUUGCAGUACAGGGUUAAGCUGUUUCCAAGCAACUGAAGACAAGCCAGGAUGCUGUUUGCCAGCUUUGAAACCAAACGAAACUGGGUGUAUACUUGAUGACCAGUGUAAGCGAGCUUGCGAAAGUACAAUCUGUGACAAAACCCAGCAAAUUUCCCGAUGCCUCUGUGAAGAAGGAAGGCAUUUCCUGUUCAACAAAUGCUGGAAGAAGUGUCCAGCGUUCGCUCAUCCCGAACCUAUAGUCGAUGCUUUAGGAUUCAGUCGUUGCGAAUUGAAAACAGAUUUAAGAACGGCCGUUGGUUUUAUGAGACGAAUGAAGCGUCAAAUGAGAAGUAAUUUCUGUUAG